AUGAGCGGCGGCGGUAGGCGGUUCGUAAAUCUGGGGGUGUAUGACCAGCUCAAACGCGUCUAUUCGCUGCGGCGCCUAGACCUCUCCAAGAUGGAAUUUUUUCACCAAUCGGUAGAAGAGACGGCCGCGCAUGCGAAGGUGGUGCCAACACUGACGCCCGCCAAGGCCUGGGCGCCCAACAGGAGAAGAAGCUUCAAGACUGCUUUGGCGGCGGCGGAGGCGGCGGCGCCCAAGAUCAAGUCUCCAAAAAGCCAGGUGAUGAUGAGGCCGCCGGUAGUCUCGUCCUCCCUGCCGACCAAUCAUGUCAUUCAUUUCUUCCCCACCGCGUCGGAGAACAAGGUCAUCUUGGGGGACCGCGCCAACAACCUGUUCCGCUUUGACACGGGCGAGCACUGCCGCUGCAUCGAUAGCAUGCCAAACCUCCACCAGCACAAGGACUCGCCGCUGGCCAUCUCCGUCCCUCCGUCGGCCUUGCACCUCCAUGAUGGCGAAGACACGGGCGAUCUCUACAUCAUCGAUCAGGUCCUACACCCGGACAUGGCGGAAUUGCGGCCGCAGUUCGAGGCCCUGCUGUGGAGGGGCCGCCGCCCGUCCGCCGCAUGUCGCAGGUCCUGGCACUGCGACAUCCUCCCACUGCCCCCGUGGAUCAUCCACCACAAGCACGCCUUGGUCUACGGUCACGCCCUUGUCGGCGGUGACACCAUCUGCUUCUCCAUCUCUGGCGCAGAGGGCACCGGCACCUACUGCUUCCACACCGCGACUCGCGAGUGGAGCAAGGCUGGCGACUGGAUCAUGCCGUUCAAUGGCAAAGCGGAGUACGUCCCGGAGCUCGGGCUCUGGUUUGGCCUCUCACGCCGCCUCCCCAUCGCUGUCGACCUCUCUGGCGUUGUCAGAGGGGAGGAGCCGCUGCCAGACAAGUUGCGGAUCUGGGAGGAUGAUGACCUGCCAGAGGAGUGCACGUGGCAGCCGAAUGAAUUGUGCGACUCCAAGAUCAUCAGCCUCGGCUCAGGCAGGUUCUUCUUUGCUGGCUUCUUUAAUGACAUGAAAUUCGACAAGGACAGCAGCGAGAUGGUUACUGGCCAGCAAUUUGCCCUCUUUACUGGUAUGGAGGUAGUGUACGGCAAUGGCAAUGGCGUCAACAAAGACAAUUUCAACUGCAAUAGUGGCAACAAUGGCACCAGCAAAGACGAUGGCAACAAUGCCAACAACGGCAGCAAAGGCAAAGGGAUGAUUCGUGGCCUUCGUAUGAUUAAGCACAAGUCCAAACGUUACAUGUUUACGAAGCAGCUGAGCAUCGAGGCGGUGCUCUGA